AUGCACACCUAUUUACCUGUCAGACUACGGCAGGCUCACAAAAUUGGAAUCAACCGCCAUUAUCCAGAAAAUGACCUCACGCCAUUUGGAGCAGCUGGUUACACUGGUCACACUAUGCAACGCUCCCCGCUCCCGCUGCCGAAGCAAAAUAAACAUCAAAACGUGAUCACUGGGUUUGUUGCUGUCGUUCAGGCGGCGAGAAAUUUUUCCAAAAUUUCGUCCAAAGAAGGAAGCUCGUGGGAUGUGGCGCUGAAUCAGGCUGCCGUCGAGGCCCUGUAUUCAGCCACAUACAUAGAAGAUUAUUUAGACUGCGUAGAAAAUCUCCCCGACGAUGUGCAACGCAAUCUCAGCCAGCUGCGGGAGCUGGACGUCAAGUACCAAGAGGUGCUCGCAGAGCUGGAGCACCAACAGAGUCUGCUGGAGCGUGAGGACUUGGACGGACGCAAGAAGGUGAUGCUGCAGAUCCAGCGGUCGCUCAUCCGCUCCCAGGAGCUGGGAGACGACAAGCUCCAGCUCCUGCAGCAGAUUCAGGACCUCAUAGAGAACAAGGCACGCCAGCUCGACUUGGACUACAAGAAUUUGGACCACGAGCCGGAAGCAAGAGAAGCAAAGCGGUCCCGUAGCCGUCGGGCGCACGACGACGACAUCCCUCACCCAUCCCCUGUGCAUCAUCCAGCCAAUGUUCACCCCGUAGCAUCAGUCGUGAACCACAGCACCCACAUCCAGCAACAGCACCAACAACACCACCACCAGCAGCAGCAGCAGACGACCACCAGCAGCUGCCGCAAGCAGCCGAAGAAGAAGAAAAGGCGCGGGGCGGCCCGCGCCGUAUCGCCCGCGGAGCUGCCCAUCGACCCGGACGAACCGACGUACUGCCUGUGCGAGCAGGUGUCCUUCGGGGAGAUGAUCUGCUGCGACAACGAAGAGUGUACCAUCGAGUGGUUUCACUUCUCGUGCGUUGGACUGGGCACCAAGCCCAAGGGAAAGUGGUACUGCCCACGGUGCCGAGGUGACCGCAGCAAUCAGCCCAAGACCAAGGGUUCAUCGUCCUAGCGCCAAAUCAUCCUCGAAGAUCGACUAAUAAAGACAUCACUAUCAGUA